CACAUCAGCUGGUUAGCUGUGAGCUGCGCCUGUCGGUUUUAUUUUGUUGGGAUGCUGGUGCUCGGCUCUUGCAGUCCGAUGCCUGGACUUUAGUGAGAGGGAGUCCGGUUCCGAUCCAGUUCUUGGUACUGUGAACCGUCUCUGUGUUUGUGUCUCCAGUGAAAUGUCGUCACUUGAACCGAACGGAACCUCCAGCCACCUCAAUGAGUUUGAGAAACUGUCGUGGCGGCCCUCUGUCCGCGAUUCAGGCUCCAAGAAGCGAGCACGAUGGCUUCAGGCUCGGCGCAUCUUCUCCCCAAACGGCCUCAACCUCCGGAUCCCCAACAGGUUCCUGAAAGAAGGGCAUUGCAUACCCUCUGCCCGUAGUGGACACCGCUGUGUUGCAGACAGCUCCAACCUGUACGUGUUCGGAGGCUACAACCCCGACUUCGAGGAGGCGGGCGGGUCAGAGAAUGAGGACUACCCUCUCUUCAGGGAACUCUGGCGGUUUCAUUUCGCCACAGCCACCUGGCAGCAGAUCCGCACAGAGGGCUACAUGCCCACUGAGCUGGCGUCCAUGUCAGCUGUAUUGCACGGCAACAACUUGCUUGUGUUUGGUGGCACCGGGAUUCCCUUCGGUGAAAACAACAGCAACGACGUCCACGUCUGCAACGUCCAGUACAGACGGUGGAACCUGCUGAACUGCAAGGGGAAGAAACCAAAUAAGAUAUAUGGACAGGCGAUGGUCAUUAUAAACGGCUACCUGUACGUGUUUGGAGGCACGACGGGCUACCUCUACAGCACCGACCUGCACCGGUUGGAUCUGAGCACCAGGGAGUGGACCCACCUCAAGCCCAAAAACGCACCAUUAGAUCUACCCGACGAGAGGUACAGACACGAGCUGGCUCAAGACGGACAGAGGAUAUACAUUUUAGGAGGUGGAACCUCAUGGAUGUCAUAUCCGUUAGAUAAAAUUCAUGCAUAUAACCUGGAGACUAAUUACUGGGAAGAAAUUGUAACCAAACCCCAUGAAAAAGCAGGUUAUCCUGCUGCUCGCAGGUGUCACAGUUGUGUUCAGGUCAAAGACGACGUGUUUAUAUGUGGAGGUUAUAACGGCGAGCUCAUCCUGUCAGACUUGUGGAAGAUAAACCUUCAGACCUUUCAGUGGACGAAGCUGCCCGCCGUGAUGCCGGAACCGGCCUACUUUCACUCCGCUGCUGUCACUCCGGCCGGCUGCAUGUACAUCCACGGCGGUGUUGUCAACAUGUCUGGGAACCAAAGGACUGCCUCUCUGUAUAAAGUGUGGCUGGUGGUGCCCAGUCUGCUGGAAAUGACCUGGGAGAAGCUGUUGAAAUUGUUCCCUCACCUAACCCAGCUGUCCGCCCUUCAGCUGCUGAGCCUGGGACUGACACAUUCACUAAUUCAGAGGCUCAAAUAGGCUGAACACACAGACCAACCAACCGGGGCAGGACGGAGACUGACACUAAAGUUGGUUGUAAGUAGGUCAAAGACAGCUUGGUGACGUUAGCUGGGAAAAUACUUUGUUUUUUGCCGUCGUUCUUUUCUGUUAGAAAUUGAAAUGUCCAUCCAAGGCAGUGAAGUGGUGCACAUGUAGAACUUGACUUGUAAUUUAAAACCUCUGUGCACGUUCCUUUCUGUGUCCCAGAAAUGUGUAAAAUAUUAAGGUAAAUACAAAAAAAAAAAACAGUUCAGACAAACUAAAUAUGGCUGCAGGCAGUGUGAGUGAACAUUUUGCCGUUUUCUGCACCCAGCUGCAUUGCUAAAUCUGAUGAGAUUCCUCACUGUGACCACAUUUUCCAGCAGAUCAAAUCUGCAACUGGUUUAUACGUGCUUGGUUAGGAACCAAUUGUCAGUAAAUAAUUCUCCACUGAACACAAAUCUGAGAUGCCUUCAAAGACGUCGAACUGGGGCGGUUAUUUAAGAUGCUAUGAUGUGUUUUGCCAUUGAGCAUUUCAAACUGAAAAAUGAUCCGUUCAUUCACAACGUUUUGCUCCUGUGAUCAGAGGAAAACCCAGCAGCCUCUUUUUAAAAGGCUCACUGUGAAACUUCUGGUGCCUCUACAACCAUUUCAUUUCCUCUGGGUUCCUACGCAGCUUCCUGUACAAAAGUCCACACAUUUCCAGACUCAAAUUUCCAGAUUUUUCUGCUGAAUGUUUUUAAUUACAAAGCAAAGCUUCAGUAGUGGAGUAAAGGGCUAUUCCACCACUUUUAAAGCAACCAAUUUGGGACUAAAUGUAGUUCUUUAAAACACAAUUUGUGAACUUUUACACUUCAUUCUGUUAUGCCUAAACCUGACCUACUUUAAGAGUUUGUUUACUUAAACCCUCAAAUGGAAAAUCAAAAUUUUUGAGUUGCUAACAAUCAUUCAAUUAGUGAUGGGGAAAA